GUGGUCGUUCAUUUCCGGCUUUGAGUUGAUGUGUGCAAAGAAGAGAGAAGAGAAACUUCCUUGACUGUAGAGCUAACUAUAGAGAGUAUUCUGUUGCAAGGGCGCUUGUUCAAAUGCCGUGCAUACAGUAGUUUAGGAUAACCGGUUUUAUCACAGGACUAUGAGUCGUGGAUCUAAAACUAAAACAGAGAGCACUCAAAGCUUUCUGCUGAGCCCACAGGAGAAUGACAAGCUGGAGGAGCUGCUGGGCAGAAGGUGUGCUUCCAUAGCCACCGCAGUCGUACAGCUGUUCAUGGCUCUACCUAACAGUUCAUCCAUGUGGAGCUUGCAGCACACUGGGGUGGCCUGUUUCGUCAAAGACAACCCUCAGCGCUCCUAUUUCAUACGGAUGUUUGAUUUAAAGGUUGGGAGUAUGGUUUGGGAGCAGGAGCUCUACAACCAAAUUGUGUACUCAGCCCCAAAGCAAUUCUUUCAUACCUUUCCUGCUGAUGACUGCCAGGUCGGACUGAACUUCUGUGAUCUGCACGAAGCUGACUUAUUCCAAACUGCUGUUCAGGAAAAAAUCAACCAAAGAAACACCCGUCAAGAUAAGAAACAGCGCCCCCCGCACACUAGUGACAGAAGUUCCCUGCCUCCACUCCCACCUGAAAAAGGACCUAGUGGCCCUCCUUCUUUUCACAUGGCCACAGUGGACAUUCAAAACCCAGAUAUCCAGUCUUCACGCUAUCGCUCGGUGCCUACACCUGCUGCUGCCUCUGCUGCGACAGGCAAAGGAAAGAAGGACAAGAAGAAGAAGCAGAAAAAAGGCCUCAAGCUCUCCAAAGCAGACAUAGGAGCACCUAGUGGAUUUAAGCAUGUAAGUCAUGUGGGGUGGGACCCUAACAACCUGGACCCUGACCUGAUGCGGCUGCUGUCUCAAGCUGGCAUUAGUGAAGCUGAAAUGAGGGAUGAAAGAACCUCUCAGCUCAUCUAUAAUGUAAUUGAACAGUCAGGAGGGAUGGAGGCAGUCAAAAGGGAGGUGAACAGAUCAGCUACAGGACCUCCACCUCCUCCACCUGGCAGACAGGGGCCCCUCCCUCCGCUACCAGGCUCUAGCCCCUCUGCUCCAACCCCUCCACCCCAGCGAGGCCGUUCUGGCCCCCUGCCUCCCAUUCCAGGUCAUUCACAGCGAGCAGGCCCGCCUCCCCAGCCACCUCCUUCUCGUGGAUCUUUACCACCCCCUCCUCCAUCAAGCCGAAGCGGCCCUCCGCCACCCCCGCCAUCACAUGCUCCACCUCCUCCAUCUUCAAGGUCUCCUCAUGCCCCACCUCCCAUGUCUUCCCACGGCGCUCCUCCUCCUCCACCACCAAGCCAGCGCUCCGCAGGUUUUCCACCUCCUCCUGUCCCGUCUACACCCAGCAGAGGGGUUGGUGGUGGAGGAGGAGGAGGAGGGGGGGGGGGCCCACCUCCUCCUCCUCCACCACCACCACCGCCACCUCCCCAAACUUCAGUUUCUUCAGAUUUCCCUCCUCCUCCUCCCAUAUCUGGCGGUGCACCACGACCUACUUCCACUUCCGUUGGUGGAGGAGACAGCAGAGGAGCUUUGCUGGAUCAGAUCCGACUCGGGAAAAAACUGAGAAAUGUAACAGACGACCCUAAUCCAGCUCCACCUGCAUCAGCAGAGUCAGGUGAAGGCAUUGUCGGUGCUCUCAUGAUGGUCAUGCAGAAGAGAAGCAAAGUCAUCCAUUCCUCUGAUGAAAGUGAAGAUGACGGUGGGGAUGACGAUGAUGAUGACGAUGAAUGGGAUGACUGA